AUGCAGUUCACACGCAUCUCUGUGAAUUCCUUUCGACCUCGUGUUACCCGCGUACGUCCAAGCGACGUUUCAUCAACUUAUAGGAGCAGCAACAACAGUGAUUCUCCUCCUGCAUUGGUAAGUCUAUUUAUGUGUCCAAAGAGAUGUUCUUACGGUCAACUUGCGUGUUGCUUUUGCUUGGCCAUCACUCUUGCUCUUUUAGUGAGCGCAGUCAUUGGUACUGUACUUGCUAUUGUCUUACCACAUACAACCACCUUAUCAACAACAGCCACGACUGCUACAACGACAACAGCAACCAAAUCUGGUGGGCGAUCAGAUUUGAUGCUUUACCUGACUCGAGCAAGUGCAGGUCUUGAUAUGCAAAUUUAUUAUUGGCCACGUCAGAUAAGCCCGUAA